CAAUGAGUUUCCCCAGGAGCUUGUCCAGCGGGGGCUGCUCAAGGAGUUGAUGCCGCAGCAUGUGGCGUUCGUGAUAGACGGGCACAGGCGAUGGGCGCAGGAGCAUGGCCUGACGACGGAGGAGGGCUACGAGACCGGUGGUCGGGCGUUCGAGAAGAUACUAAAGCUCUCAGCCACCUGGGGCAUCCGAGUCGUCACGGUGUUCGCCUUCUCGCAAGAGAACUUCAGGCGCCCAGAGGAGGAGGUCGAGUGCGUGAUGGAGCUGAUCGAAGGGGCGAUUCGUGAUAAUAUGGAAGAUUACGUGAGGGAAGGAGUUCGGCUGCAUGUCAUCGGCGAUCCCUCAAGGCGGCCAGCUUCUCUGCAGGAGGCUAUCCGGGAAGCUGAGGAGAGGACGAAGAACAACUCGCGAUUCCAUCUGAUACUGGCGACCUGCUACAGCGGGCGGUGGGACAUCGUGCAGGCUUGCCGGGAGCUCGCCACCAAGGUGCAGGACAAGCUGCUCAGGCCGGAGGACAUCGACGAGGAGAUGGUUGCCGGCCACCUCUCCACGAACGUUCUGGGACUGGGAGAGCUCGCAUACCCCGACCUCAUCAUCAGAUCGAGCGGCGAGCUGAGGCUCAGCAACUUCUUGCUCUGGCAGUCCGCCUACAGCGAGCUCUACUUCACCAACGCCAUGUGGCCUGAUUUUGACGAGGAUGAGUACAUCCAGGCGUUGAAGGACUUCCAGAGAAGAGAACGCCGGUUUGGCCAAAGCAGGAAGCCAUCCCAGGCAAGCAACUGAAAUGCAAGGCAUUUGAUUUUCUCAAUGGUAAUAAUAAGUUGCUUCGAAUUAGGAAAUCGUAUUAUUAUUGUUGUGGCUGGAAUAAUAUUGAAAGAUCGCUCAAGAAUAAGGGAUUAGUAACAGUUAAUCAAGUAGACAUAUUCUGAAGAUGACGAGGGACACAAACUUUUUAUUCACCUCAUUUUCUUCUUACACAGUUAUUUGAGCUGGCAAUUCCGAAAGAUAGCAGACUUUUUGUUUU